GGCUGCGCUGCGGUAAGGUUCUGAAAAUCUCCUGGCGUUUCAACUAAGCAAAUUGCCAACGACAAUCUACAGCUACUCAAAGUGGAAUAGAAAUUUUUGCAACGAAACUCAGUCGGUUGUACAGAAAUUCAAGCAAAAUUGUUUUCCAGUGUUGAAAGGAGCCAUUAAACUAUAUAACUUUGCAAAUUUUUGAUUCCGAAAGCCAGUCCGAAUUUCCAGAUAAGGAGCCGUAAUCAACUCAAGUAGAAAUGAACAACAACAUAAAGGAAUUCUCCAGUAUAGAGGAUCAGUUUAUUACGCCCGCCUUAGAUGAGUCGCCAAUACAGAAAUUUUACAAGGAUAAGGGCGUAUUUCUCACCGGUGGCACCGGUUUCUUUGGCAAAAUCAUAAUCGAAAAAUUGCUGCGCAUCACCGAAGUGGCUCAAAUCUAUCUGCUCAUACGCACCAAGAAGGGCAAAGACGUCUACUCACGCAUCGACGAUCUGUUCAAUGAUCCUGUGUUUGAGAAAUUGAAAAAAUGCAAUCCCAAGUAUCGACAGAAAAUCACCAUCAUCAGCGGUGAUUGCUCGCUGCCCGCGUUGGGCAUCACGCAAACCGAACGUGAGCUAAUCAAGGAGAAUGUAAACAUUGUCAUUCAUGGGGCGGCGACGGUGCGUUUCGAUGAGAAAUUGAAAAUGGCCAUUGCCAUAAAUGUGAACGGCACCAAGGAGAUAUUGCAGCUGGCCAAGGAGAUUGUCCACUUGAAGGCCUUCGUACACGUUUCGACCGCCUUCGCCCAUUGCAAUCAUCGCUAUAUACAGGAGCGUUUCUAUCACAGCGCCAUUACCGGUGAGAAUGCCUGCAAGCUGGGCGAGUGUCUCGAUGAGCAUACACUCAACGAGCUGACAGCGACCAUAAUCAAAGGAUAUCCGAACACGUACACAUACACCAAGGUCCUGGCGGAGGAUAUUGUGCAAAACUAUGCGGAGAAAUUGCCAGUGACGAUAUUUCGGCCAGGCAUUGUCAUCACCACCUACAAGGAACCAAUUUCCGGUUGGAUCGAUAACAUGUAUGGGCCGUGUGGCAUAAUCGUCGGCAUCGGCUCCGGUGUGUUGCGUGUCUUCAGCGGGAAGGUGGACAACAAAGCUAACAUAGUACCAGUGGACUUAUCGGUGAAUGCGUUAUUAGCUAGCGCCUGGGAUAUUGCGCGCAAUACUUACGACACACCGCCCAUCUACAACUAUGUGCCAGAUGCCGACAAUAUGGUGACCUGGAAGGAGUAUAUGGAAUAUGGUUUCGAAUAUGGCUGCAAUAUACCGAUGCGCAAAUCGAUUUGGUAUCCACGUUUCACAAUCGUACCCUGGCGCUGGCAAUUUGUGAUCUUAUCCUUCUUGUAUCACACCGUGCCAGCGAUGUUUAUGGAUUUAUCAAUGGUUGUCGUUGGAAAGAAGCCACGAAUGUUAAAAAUCUACCGUAAAAUACACAAAUUCUGCUCUGUGAUGGAAUACUUCAGUUCUAAUGAUUUCAAAUUCGAUAACGAUAACGUUCGUGCCUUAUCAGCGAAACUGGAAGGUGCCGAUAAGCAAAUGUUCGGUUUCGAUAUGCGUCACCUUGAUUGGAAGGAACUAUUUCGAGUCAGUUUGGUGGGGUUACGUUUAUAUGUGGUGAAGGAUGAUCCUAGAAGUGUGCCGGAAUCGAUAAAACGUCAUGCGCGGCUAAAAGUGCUGCAUUACACGACGCUCUUCAUUGUUUACUCACUGGUGUUAGCGUUAUUAUAUAAGAUUACUAAUUUCUUCUUUUUCUAGCAGUUCAUUUAGCAUAUUUCCUUUUUAAUUACUUAUAACGAGUGUUUUCUAAAGUUUGUUUUCCAAAUACAUAUGUACAA